GAGCUCACGGAAUACUGCGACAAGAACAACAUCCCCUCCCUGGGUUAUGAGACCGUAGAUCUUGUCCAAGUCCAAGGGUGUCAGGGGAGUGAUAAGUACUUCGUCUCUCGUUCGGUGGCGGUGUUCACAUUGACUAUCAUCCCGGCAGGAUGGUUAUCGUCAGCCAAUCUUCAUCCAAUGGUCAUGGGGCCCGCUCUAAAUAUCAUUGUGACUAUGAUGGAUCGCGUAAUGAACCAUCCAGUUGAAGAGUUUUCGUGGUUGGACUUUGCUCUCUUGCCAGAAGCUUGUAGGUCCUUUUCUGUCAUGGGCUUCAACAUGGCGCAGAUCGAGGAGCGAGUUGUUAUGCUGGCCCAUGCGUUUUCUUUGAGGCUAACAUCGCAAAGGCGACAGGGAACUCAAGGCCCUGAUGGACGAGGCUCUAGGCAGAAAAAGAUCCUCGCCGAAUACGAGCUCAACACCCCUGUUGAAUCAUCGCUGACAACAAUGGUUUCUCUUUGGUGUCACCUCGUCACUCUUGUGCUUCUUCAAGUGAUCCUCUUGCUCUCUCACCCUGUCAAAUCUGAUGUUCCAAGCAUAUGGGAUCUCUUCAUCUCCAGUGGUUGCAUUGCAAGUCUGAGUUUGCCGAUUAAUGGGAUUUUUCUGGUAGAAUAACAUUCGUUUGGUUGGGAGGAAGAUCCUGAUUCCCGGUUCUCCUAAAACGUCAUUAGGUGACGAUCUGAAUGCAUUGUGUCUGAAAAGGGACCUGGAUAGGGGACAAAAAUGCAUGUUGCAAAUAUCCAUUUGACUGGGUAUCAUGUUUUGUAGUGUUACUGAUUCUCUCUCUCUCUUUGGUAGUUCAAUGAUUCAAAGAACUGGUUUUAAGAUUUUUUUCGUUUUUCUUGCUGGGUUCUUGUCUAUCAGACAAGUACUCUGGGAGGAUA